CCCUGGGCUAUAGCGCGGCUGCUCAGAGAGUUCUCUCAGUUGCCGAUUACGCGAGCGUUCGUCGACCGCGCGCUCGCUCACUUUAGGGGUGCCUAGUGCCUCGAGCUGUUGGACUGUGCGAUCAGUGCGCCGCGAACAACCCUUCUGCCGACGUCGCGGACCUCCAGAGUGACCCACCCGUCUGUGUACGUGUUAGUGCCGGAAAAUUCGAGUGUGCGAACCGGAAAGCAAGGCUGGAUUUUUUUUCUCUCGGGGGAAAAAAACCACCAAUAUAUAUUUAUUUUUAAAUUCCCGAUUUAUUUUUAGCCCGCAGCGUAUAUAUGCGUGUGUGAGUGCCUGCUUGGGCGGGUGGUGGGACCCUUUGGCCCCGUGACGUCGCGAUUUUGGGCUUCCUCCUCCCGCUCCUCCUUGAAGGUCGGUUGUUGCCAUCGGACGUUCGUCGAUCCGAGCGCGCUCUCGGUGUAAAUGACAUUAAAAAUAGCCUCUUUCUUUUUCCGUCUCACACGCCGCCGUGUCUUUCUUUCUUUUUAAAGUUUGCAAUUAGUUUUAUUAGUUAAUUACAAAGCAAUUUCACUUUUCUCAAAUAUUGGCAAUCGCGCGCGGCCCGGGCGUCUCUUCUUUAUCUUGAAUUUCGUCCGAUAAGAUUCGGCCUUUGUAUUUUGCGGCCCGGCGUUAUUUUUUUCACGUGCCGUUCCUCUUUCUUUCUUUAUAUUUUUUUUUCGUCUAACUCUGUGGAAAAAUUGUUAUGUUGCACCAUUUGAGCUAGGAAGGUGAUUCACGCACCGUUUCCUGCGCCGUGUGUUUGGCAAUUUUUUCCCAUUGUGCGGCGAUUAGUGGACAGGCGUGUUCGCUUCUAGAUCGCGUCUUUUUCUCUUUUCUUUCCGAGUAAUUAUCAGCCGCGAUAAUUAUCCCAACGCGUCGACGACAAAUAAUACCAAGAGCGGCGCGUAUAUCGGCCAAUGACCUAGGCACACCCCCUCAUUGUGACGUCACUUUGCCGCUCGCCGGGAAUCUCCUCCGCCCGAAAGGCAACCCCGAAUCGAUUUUCCAACUUUUUCCAAGAGGACAAAAAUAGCAAAAUAAGAUUUUGCGAUUUCUGCCCUUUUGGAAAAAUACGACAAUUGAUUUUUUAACACGCAUAUAUAAUUAUAUUAAAUAUUUAAAUUCGACCAAGAUAGGAUCCGAGACCGGGAUUAUUGUGUGCUGGUGUUUCCUUUUUCAGGAAAAAGAAGAGUUGUAUAUAAUUUUCCGCAAGAGCCACAAACGCGCGGCCGGAGUGUGGUCGUGUCUUCGGAAUGAUGGGUAAAGUGCACCGUGUGUCUCUUAAUUAGCUUGGGAAAAUUAAGACGCACGCGACGCGUGAAAUAUUCCUGAUUGAAUCUGCCCGCGGGCAUUGUCACGGCAAUUGCAGGAUGAGGCGAGCCGCUCUGCCCUGAGAGCCGCAAAAUCCCGAGGAAGCUGCGUCGACGCCGCCGCCACUUCUGUCGGACGAACAUUAUGCCGUGGAAGCCCUUCUUGAGGAAAAGUUCGCCGGUUAAACUGUCUCGUCUCUCCGACUGCACAACGAGCCUCCAAGACGGCAUCUCCGUGGGAAAAUUACCUUCAGCAAUACCACAGGGCAGGGGUGCAGCAAGGUGGAGGCUCGCAACAGCAGCAGCCUCCACCGCCAGCCCUGAUUCCCCACCCUGGCGGUACUGUGAUGGACGUUAUCGACGAGCUGCUCGGCGGGGGCGGUUCGGACUGUUGCUGGACUGAAGUGGGUCCCGAGUCGCCCCUGGGCCCCCCCGGCGGCUCCACCGUCACCAACAUCGGCGAGAAGAGGAUCAAGCAGGCCUGCAACUCGCCGUGCUCGCAAAUCGACGAGCAGGACCGCCUCUCGUACACGUCCGGCCUCGAGGGGUUGCGACCCUCGAUUACGGCCGACACCACAACCCCGCCUCCUUCGAGGAAAAACGCCAACAACUCCAUCAAAGCCCAGAUCGAGAUCAUCCCGUGCAAGGUGUGCGGCGACAAGAGUUCCGGCGUGCACUAUGGAGUGAUCACGUGUGAGGGGUGCAAAGGCUUCUUCCGCCGCAGUCAAAGCUCCGUCGUCAACUACCAGUGUCCCCGCAACAAGAACUGCGUCGUCGACCGCGUCAACCGGAAUCGAUGCCAGUACUGCAGGCUGCAAAAAUGCCUCCGGCUCGGCAUGUCCAGAGAUGCCGUCAAAUUUGGACGCAUGUCCAAAAAACAGCGCGAGAAGGUCGAGGAUGAGGUGCGGUUUCACAGAGCCCAAAUGCGGGCCGCAAGUGAAACAGCCCCAGACAGCUCCAUGUUCGAGCAGCAACAGCCGUCGUCGUCAGAUCAAUUGCCUUCCUAUUCUUCAGGAGGGUACCAGUAUGGCAACGAUCUGAGCACAUACACGCCGAACGGUUACGUUUUCACGAACACGCCGCCCCAGACGGGCAUGGGCUACGACAUUAGCGCAGACUAUGUGGACAGCACCACGACGUACGACCCGCGGCCCGCGAGCUCCACACAACUCGACCAGAUUGCGGACAGCGCGCUCAUUCCAGCCAGCAACACCACGGCUUCAGCGCCGGCCAAGUGCAACGGCAGCGAGAACAACGACGACGCAGAGAGGAGCGUGACCAGACUCGGAGGGCCGGACGCGGCCGCGUCCAUCAAGCAGGAGUCGAUGGAGCAGCCGUUGCCGGUCAGCACGUGCGCGACCGCGACCACCACCUCCUCUUCUCCCUCCUCUUUGAACAAUAACAGUAAUAACCUGGUGGUGUCGGGCGGUUUUGUAGAUAGUACCACUUUCACCUCAAGACAACAGCAACUCCUGCAACCCCCGCAGCCGCAACUCCAGCCGCAGCAGCCCGAGCAAGAGCAGGAGGCGCCCGUUGCGCACCCCAACCCGGUGCAGAUCUCAGAGUUGCUGUGUAAGACGAUCGCCGACGCCCACGCGCGCACCUGUCUUUACAGCAUGGACCACAUUCAGGACAUGUUCCGCAAGCCCCAUGACCUCACCAAGGUCAUCUUCUACAAGAACAUGGCGCACGAGGAACUGUGGCUAGAAUGUGCCCAGAAACUCACCACUGUUAUUCAGCAAAUCAUCGAAUUUGCAAAGAUGGUACCCGGCUUCAUGAAGCUGUCACAAGACGAUCAGAUCGUUUUGCUAAAAGCAGGUAGCUUCGAGUUGGCUGCCCUGAGGAUGAGCCGCUACUACGACGUGAACUCGGGCUGUGUUCUUUACGGAGACACGAUGCUGCCACAAGACGCCUUUUUCACCACUGAUACAACAGAAAUGAAGUUGGUCACCAAUGCCUUCGAGCUAGCCAGAGCCGUGGCCGAACUCAAGCUAACUGAAAAUGAACUCGCGCUCUACUCUGCCUACGUCCUCCUUUCCGCAGAUCGUCCUGGUCUUAAGGGAAUGGCUGAGAUCAGCAGGUUGAGCCAAGCGGUCCUUCGGGCGCUCCGGAUGGAGCUCGACCGCAACCACCGAUUACCACUUAAGGGGGACGUCUUGGUUGGGGACGCACUCAUCGCGAAGAUGUCUGAGCUUAAAGAGCUGAACAUGCUGCACAUGGAAGCUCUGGCCAAGUUCAAGCGUUCCACGCCGCACCUCGAGUUCCCUGCUCUGCACAAGGAGCUUUUCUCCGUGGAUAGCUGAGCAUCCGUGGAAUAGAGAGCAGAGGUGAGUUUGCGUUUUGCCUCUGCGCUCAAACCAGAGAUGCUUAUGACAGCUGUUGGGAAAUUCCCAGGUUCCAACAUCUAACGAAAAAGCAUCAGUUUUGCAAAAAGAAGAACGUGUGAAGAAGAUCAACAAGACAGAAGAGUCACACUUAUCAUCGUUUUAAAAUUAUGAUUUGACAAUUAACUAAAAAAAGAAAUUCUAUAUUAACUCAUACCUGCCGGACUUGUACACACACACAAACAACAAACAAACUGAGAAUAAUUAUCCCCCAAAAAAUGAAGCAGACUCGGGAGAGCAGCGCCCAUUCCUCGAUAUUUGUACUGACGAAGCCCGCAAAACAAAAAUUACAAACUCUUAUUAAUUAAUUGAUUGAUUACUACAAAGUAUAAUUAUUGGUUAGUUAUUGGAAAAUAUACUCGAAUGAAAUACACUACUUUUAUCCUUAAAUAAGGCUGGAUUCAAGGAAGCGGCCGGCCCGUCCUCGGACGCGCCGGUCCUUCGAUCAGGGAAACAGAAUUGUUGAUGUUAAUUAAAUAUACACUGUUGUUGCUGUAAUAAUAAUACUGACUAAGCCAAUAAGGAUUGAUAUACUGAACCGCAAGGAGACAGACACAAGACACACACACACAAUACGACAGAAAGAGAGGAUACUUUAAAAAUUUUCUUUGCGUUUUACAAGACCGAUUGAAUAUUUUUUUUCCAAUACACACACAUCACUCGUUCACAAACUUUUCCAAGUCAGAGCAGCCCGUUUAUAUAUCAACAAAGAAUAACGAGAGCACAAUAUUCGUACCGUAAUUGUUUAUAAAAUACAGCCGCGCGAGAUAUGAAUUAUUCAAAACGCAAAGUGUAUAUUCAUUGCAAGAAAAAAAACAUAAAACUUAUAAUAGAACUGAGACUUAAAAUGACGAUUGCUGCUAGGGCCACAAAGUAGAAAAAUCGAGUAUUAAAAGAAUUACAAAACUGUUUAGAAUUGAACUGGACUUAUUGCGAUUAAAUUUAAAACACACACACACAUUGAAAGAAAAAGCUUAGAUUGUGAGGAAAAAGUCUAUAUAAUGUAAAAAUCAAGGCGCACGUGCGCGAGCAACAAGAAUAUAUUAUUAAAUUAACGUUUGCCUUAUUGUAGAUGUUGUACGUCGUUUUUAAAAGCCAUGAAGAGAAAAAUCGCACUGGAUGACGAAGUGAUUGAUACAUAAGAAAACAAACAAAUUAUAUACCGCGGUGGUGUGUUGCAUCCAAUAACUACCUAAUUAAUACGAGCAGAGGAUUUAUAACUAAGUGUGUCUUAUUCGAAAAUUUGCACUCAACAAUAAUACAUAAAAAAAAGACGAGGAGAACGGAGAGAAAAUAUACCCACGGGCGGGCAAUGAGGCAAAAAUUCAGAUAAUAAUAUUUCACUGAAUGCUACUAUUAAACACACGUACUACUAAACUAAUUAAUUAAUUAUCGUAUAGCGGAAUUUCAAGAGAUUAUCAAAAACAAUGUUUGAGGCAGAGAGUAAAAAAAAAUUGAAAUUAAAGAAAUCUGCUACUCUGUACUGUAAAAUUCUUCAUUAUCCCCGGAGACAAAAGCACGUAUUCAACAUGUUUUAUUAGCGCAUGAAAUUUGUAUGUACACCGACUCUUGCAAAAAAAAAAAUUAACGAAAAGAAAUGUAAUGUGCCCACGCAGUGUAGUGAAAUCAAAAUUUAUAAUCACGUACGUACGUCUUGUGUUUGAAGGAAAUUCUCUGUUGUCGACUCCUUGCCCAUGUAAUUUCCCGAAAUUUGGUUUCUCUUUUUAAAACUCAAAAGGAUUUUCCAAAAUACAAACAUCUGAAGGACCAAGCUACUAAAACACUCAACAACAAUUAAACAAGUGGACAAAAACGAGAAAAGCGCGAAGGAAUUUUUUAAUUAUCACCCAGUGUGUGUUCAGUGAGGCAUAAAACAAAUUCCAAAAUUUCAACCAAAAGGGGAUCGUUCAGUUUUGCAAUUUUCCAAGCAUAGUGGCCUUCAAAACCAGUGUUUUACAAACGAGGAGUUGCGAUCGGUUGAGAGAUUCACUGAAGACUUUUUCACCUUUUCCAUUUUGCAUAACGGUUACAGUAAAAAUAUUUAAAUAUAAACGAAAAAAAUACAAAACAAGUGCGAGACUCUUCUUUUGCAAGAGUCUCCGACUUUCGGAUUGCUUGGUCCUGGUUUUUGCCCUUUGUUAUAAUUUUCUAGGAAAAAAACGAGCAUAAAAAUGAAAACUCAGUACACACACACAUAUAAACACACACAACACUCACGCUGUGUAUCCAGUUGAUAAGAAUAAUUACGAUAUAUUACGAUUUUCUCGUGCGGAUGAAUGCUGAUCAUUUUCCCGGUGUAAAUGUCUGUUCACACUCUUAAAUCUUAGGACAAUGUUCAUUACUAACCUCUGCUAUUAAUUAAUAAGUAAUUGUUUAAUUCUAUACAUGCGAUAGGAUAUAUAGCAAGAAGAUGAGAUGAUUUGUUGUUUUUAUGUAAUGUUGUUAUGGAAAUAUGAAAAUGAGUUAUAUGAUUAAUUAUUGAUUAAUUAUGCUGCGCAUUGUGUUGUGAUAGACACAAUUCGGUUUGGUCUUAAGUGCUUUUGGACUCCCCGCAGUUGUUGAAAAAUUUUAGCUUCAAACAAAACAAAAAAAAUCACACAAUCGGCGCCGGCGAACUGAAGAAAGAAAGUUUAUAUAUAAAUAAUUAUCGUUUAAAAAGCCGGGGAGUCCAGAAGGUGACAAGAAGUGAAUUUAAAGAAAGUAAAUUUGGAUUUUACUGGUACCUGCUCUAAUAUGAUGAUGAGAUGAUGGAAGUAACUUUUUUUCGUGUUAUAAAAUAAUUAGGAAAAUGCUUGUGUUCUUUUCCGUAACUGCAUAAUAAUUGUAAUUUUUAAUUAAUAAUCAGCGCGUCAUUUCGAGUUGAAAAAAACCAGGCAUCUUUGGCUAGUGUGAUUGAUUCAAUUGAUUGUAGAAAUCGUAGAUCACUAUGUGGAAGGCAAAGUUCUUAUUUUGUAAGAAAAAUCACGCAAUUCGAUGUGAAUAUUGUUUUAUCCAUCCAAAAGCAGAAAAAAAACUCGACUCGUAAUCCGCCGUUUAUAUCAAACUAAAAUUCUCGUUUCGGAGAAGAAGAAAAUGUGUAAAUCCAGUCCUGUGUUGAGUUGUCCACAAAUAAGUGUGAGAAAAACUGAGGAAAAAUAAUUAACAAAAAUCAUCAUCUCACUUGUAAAACGGAAUAGAUAAAAAUGAUAGUAAGUUUAAGUGGAGAAUAUUUUACACAACCACAAUAACAUAAUUAUAUACACACAAUUACAUUUUUAUUUACUCUACUAUUACGUGUAUAUAUUGUUUACGUUUUUUGAUUUCAUCAAAAAUGGAGAAGAAGAAACAAAAUAUAUAUACACAAAAUUGAAAAAAAAAAUACAAAUGUUGUAAAUGUUAAGAAAAACUACUUUUUUUGUUACACACUGGAGCGCAGAUUUUGUUCAGUUCUGCCACAUGAUGAUCCAUUUUUACUUAAGGAAAUUUGAAAAGAUCGUACAUAUUAUAUUAUUUGUAAAAGAAAAAUAUAGAAAACACCACGAUGUCUCCUCUCAUUUCAGAUUUUGUAAUAGAAUUUAAACAUUAAGUAAGAGAGAUCAUGUCCAAAACCGCGAGCCAAAAUACCAAGGCUUUCCGCCCGCGUGCGGUCCAGCACCAUACAAAAAAAAGAGACGAGCCGAUUUCGGUCGAAUUGUCGACAGCCCUGGCGGCUUCAAAUAAAUCAUCCCCGAAGGCACCGACGCCGCCGGAGGGUCUUUGUUACCUUGGCUCGUGGUGAUCAUAGAGGAAGAACAUGAAUUUAUUAUAACUUAUCGGUUGUGGGCAAGGUUGGUUAUUUAUUCUCUCUCACCUCUCUUUAUUCACUUUCUCCUAUGAUAUAGAAACUAAAACUAUAAAUGUUGCUGUAUGUAUAAGAGAAAGCAUUCUGGGACAUUUCAUUAAAGUGGUAUUUUGGCUAGA